AUGGCCGCGUUAGGUGCUCUCCUCGUUUUAUUCGCUGUGUCGUGGGUUGGCGCUUAUCCGAGUCUGCCACUCGCUGACUUCCCCGAAAAUGCACGAGGAGGAAUUUCGAGGAUAGUUUCCGGCUGGGAGGCAGUUAAUGGCCAGAUCCCAUACCAACUAUCUCUCCGUAUGGUGGAUGCCAGCGGCGGUGUGUUUGGAUGUGGCGCUACCCUCAUCCACAACGAAUGGGCCAUGACUGCUGCUCAUUGCACUGCUCGCCGUGUGACUAUCGUCAUCCGCGUGGGUGGAGUUGAGCUUUCCCGGCCAUCUCUCCUAUUGGAGUCCACGGAAUACUACAACCAUCCCUUGUACAUCGAGUCCCUAGCUGGUGUCGUUCAACCCAACGACAUCGGUCUGAUCAAACUUAACAAAUACGUCCAAUAUAACGUUACAAAGAAGGGUAUUACCGUUGUAUUACUAUUUUUGAUCAAUUCUCUAACUUCAUAUUUCCCAGAGCUCAUUCAGCCAAUCAGAAUCCAACGUGACGCAGACAAAAAUAAGGACUACAGCGAAGUCAGGCUUCAAGCUAGCGGCUGGGGCAGAACUUGGACUAACGGAGUCUCCCCUCAAAUCUUGAACUGGGUCUAUUUACUUGGAGUUAGCAACAACUUCUGCCGCACUGUAUUCACUAACAUCGUCGUUGACUCUACAAUCUGCGCAAACGCAUACAAUGUGUCAUCUCAGUCCACUUGCCAGGGUGACAGCGGUGGUCCUUUGGUUGUUGUUGAUGAAGAUGGAAAACUUACCCAAGUCGGUGUAUCUUCCUUCGUCUCUAGGUCUGGCUGCCACACUCCUUUACCCGCUGGUUUCAUCCGCCCUGGACAUUACCACAGCUGGUUCAGUGAAGUUACUGGCAUCAACUUUGACUGGGAUUUCGUUGAGCCUGAGCCCAGUACUACUGUACCUGAACCCAGUACUACCGAAGAAGUAACAACUGGAGAACCUGAAGAUUUAACAACUGAACCUUCCGAAGACGUAACAACUGUUGAACCUGAAGAUGUAACCACUGGUGCCCCUGAAGAUUUGACAACUGAACCUUCCGAAGACGUAACAACUGGUGCCCCUGAAGAUUUAACAACUGAACCUUCCGAAGAAGUAACAACUGGUGCCCCCGAAGACUUAACAACUGAACCUUCCGAAGAAGUAACAACUGGUGCUCCUGAAGAUUUAACAACUGAACCAGCUGAAGACGUAACAACUGAACCUUCCACUGCUGCCCCUGAAGAAGAAGAAGAGGAGGAUGAGGAAGACGAAGACGAAGAUGAGGAUGAAGAAGAUGAGGAUGAAGAAGAUGAGGAAGAAGAAGAUGAGGAUGAAGAAGAUGAGUCUGAAAGUGGAGAAGAUGAAGACGAUGAAGACGAAGACAACGAAGAGGAUGACGAAGAAGACGAUGAGGAAGACGAUGAAUAG